AUGAGUAACAGUCAGAAACCUCCGAGUUUACAGCCGAAUGAGAUCAUUAAGAGAACAAAACCGGAUUACAACUGGAAAGUUAUUGUAGAGCUCGGCAAAGGUGGAUAUGGUACUGUGAACAAAGUUAUCAAGGUCAAUGAGGAAGGUUUCGCAAUUGAUGAUAAAGAGUAUGCCAUGAAGACAGAACAGAAGUUCGCCAGCAAACAUUCAUCUCGAUUGAAAAUCGAACGAAAUGUAAUGGCAUCGUACUCAAAAUGUGAUGCCCAAUGCAAGGAGCACUUUCCCGAGCUCAUUGAUUUUGGUCAAUCACCGGUUUGGAAGUGGAUUGUGAUGACGAUUGUCGGACCAUCUUUGGAAGAAUUAAAGAUGAAGUACAAACCAUCUGACAUCCCACCGUCGACAAUUCUCCAAUGUGGGCUCCAGACAAUGAAGGCAAUUCACGACUUUCACCAAAUCGGGUUCCUUCAUCGAGACAUCAAACCAGCCAAUUACUGUAUCGGCUAUGGAUCCAAAAGCGAAACAAUUUAUGUACUCGAUUUUGGACUCGCCAGAAAGUAUCGUCUCCCCGAAUGGUCAAGUUCGUCCACCACGGCCAAAGACUAAAAUGAUUGGAACUCCGAGGUACUGUUCAAGAGCAUCACAUCGAUGUGAAGAACUUGGUCGGAGAGAUGAUUAUGAAAGUUGGUUCUUUAUGUUCAUUGAUCUUGUCGACACCACAUUGAUUGAUUGGAAAGGACUCACUCGUCCAGAUGCCUAUGCAAAGAAGCAGGAAUUGUUCACCAAAUUGAAAACAUAUGAAAAAGAACCGAUGUUCAAGGUGAUUUCCAUCUACUUAGACACUUUGGUCUACGAUUCGGAUGUUAAAUUCGGUUUUCUACGGGAUGCUAUCACGGACUACGCACGAAGCUGCAAGUUGACUCUGAAAGAACCAUUGGUUUGGUUCAAGGAACGGAAUGAUAAUGAAUCUGGAUCGACACCAACUACUUCUGCCACCGCCUGCUCACCAUCAUCUAGUACUGGAACUGGAACAGGAACAGGAGUUUCGAAAAUUGCAUCCAAUAUUGAUCAAAAAUCAAUUGCAUCGGAUCGAAAUGAGGAGAACUCGCUGGAUGGUAGUAAAACUGGAACAUGGAAGAGCACCAAAACGAGAAACAAGAAGCCUUCUAGAAAAUAAAG